CACGCUGCACAAUGAAUAGCAGCUGAGCAAGGCCACAUGCAACUUUCUUGGGCACACAUAGCUACCUGCUUUAUAUUCACAUAAACCCCUCUCCCCUUGCAGCUCCUACAACAACACAAACCCAUCACCUUCCUCCUCUCCUCUUCAUCUCCUUCCAUUUCCUUCCAAAAAACAAUCGAGCAAGCAAGGGAAGCUAGCUAAUUUCUUGUUCCUUGCGUGGGGGACACCAAUGCAUGCCCCGAGGAAGUUCAGGAAGGCCUUCAUGGCGCAGCUCCUGGUGAGCCUGCGGGCGGCCGGCCAGGCGUCCAAGUCCAUGGGCCUCCGGGAGCGCCGCGAUGCCGUGCGGCUCUCCUCCGACGUGGCCAUGGCGCUGGCGUCCGCCCGCGCGGCGCCGCGCACGUGGGCGCGCGCCCUCGUCGCCAGGCACGCGGCGGAGCGGCGCAACGAGGCGCUCAUGCGCCGCAUCAUGGGCGGCGCCGGCUACGAGAUGGCCGCGGCCGCGGCCGCGGCGAGGAGCAGGAAGGAGGCGCGGAGCAGGAGGAUCGUGCGGAGGUCGCGCCGCGUGUGCAGCGGCAGCGCCGGGAGGAAGAGGAGGAGCUUGCUGGCGGCGGCGGCGGCGGCGGCGGCGGCAGCGAGCGGUGGGGCCGGCAGAUGCAGCGCAAUGGCGGCGGCGGCAGCGAGCGGUGGGGCCGGCAGAUGCAGCGCAAUGGCGGCGGCCAAGAGGAUGGUGAAGGCGAGGCUGCAGGUGCUGAGGAGCCUGGUGCCCGGAGGGGAGGCGCUGCGGGGCCUCUCCCUGCUGAGCGAGACGCUGGACUACGUCGUGUGCCUGAAGACACAGGUGGAGCUCAUGCAAUGCCUGUGCAAAGGAUCCUGUCCCAACCUGGGUUGAUGAGGCCAGUGAUCUCAUCUCAGGCAGCAACUGCGAGACUGCACAUCUGCAGACCUGCAUGAGAGGUGUGGGAGGAUUCAAUGAAAAUCCUCUACCACCAGACUGCUCAUGCAUGCACAAAAAGCAAGGACCGCAACUGAAGCCGUCUGGAUGGGAGAGCUCCAAUCAGGGAUGAUGUCUCAGGGACCCAACUUACUAUAGCCAGCUACUAGUACGAGUGGUACUACCGGUGUAACUAUUGUGCAAGUACAUGUCAGGGCCAAGAUGGGCCUUGGUUUUAAUAGGUGCAUCUCCUAGCUGAGAGCUGUUAGGACGAACAAAGCCAUUGUCCAUUUUGUGAAAGAAGUUUUGGUGUUUAAGUAACUACCAUUUUUUCCCUUUUCGGUGAUCGAAAAAUCUGUUCGUCGAGUCUUCAAUCUUGAUGAAAUGGGGAUCUUUAUGAAGGCUUUGUUUCUGUAUGUUGGCAUAUGACACGAUAUCAGUGGUCUGUAUGUACUGAAAAUAAAAAAGACGGUGUUGGCCAAGCUAA